AUGGCGUUGGUGACCUUGCUACCUAAAAUUUCCACUUUCGUGACGGCGAUGGCGGAGGACAGCUUAAAGGAUUUGAUCGACCAUGAGGCUGCACGGGCUCAGUUUGGGCUUAUGUAUAGAGUUGCAUGUAUGCAACUGCCAGGCAACAAGGCUAAUAAUGCUAAGCCACUGACGCCACACACACACCAGCCACAGAUACGGGUUCCAUUGAAAGUUGCCUUCGGUUCCUGUUUUCAGCUUUGGACCUCUGCCAGGCACCCAAAAAUCAAGUCCCCAUGGACACGUCUGCAUCAGCUCAGGGUUCAUGGCUGCACUAGUGCGGAACGACAGUCGUAUCAUCCUCCACUUGGUAACUUCCCCCACUCAUCCAAGGUUACUAGCUACCUUGUGACUAACCAUAUCCAGGAUUAUGACUGUUUCUAUGCCUCUGUCUUCGAGGUUGAGCAACCUGAAUUGAGGUCGCUACCCUUGGCAGUUCAACAAAAGCAAAUCGUGGUAACCUGCAACUACGAAGCCCGACGGCGAGGUCUGCAUAAGUUGCAGCUCAUCAAAGAUGCCAAGCGCAUCUGUCCCGAUGUGGUAAUAGUCCUGGGUGAAGACUUGACCAAGUUCCGGAAUGCCUCCAAGGAGCUUUAUCAGCUGGUUCGUUCCUUUGUCUGGGGCGGCCGUGUUGAAAAGCUAGGCUUUGACGAGCUCUUUCUCGAUGUCACGGAGAUGAUUGACUACAACACUGGUGUGCUAAAUCAAAAUGACCUGGAGAAUUCAUAUUUCCAUCUUGAUAGGAAUGAUCCGACCGUGGGCUUUUCCUAUAAUGCCACUCGUUUCCAGGGAUCGACCUUUCCCGCAAUGGAGGCAGCCUCCAUCGCUCGGAAAGAUACGACUUCGUUGGAAAUGAGGUUGCUCGUCGCCUCUCAUUUACAGGGUCAUAUACGGAGUAAACUGGAACAUGAAAUAGGCUUUACGGCUACGGGCGGGAUCUCAACCUCCAAACUGCUGGCAAAGUUGGUCGGUAAUGUUCACAAGCCCAACGGCCAAACGACUCUUCUGCCGCCAUAUACGGCAACGGAAAAUAAUACUAGCAACGUGCUCCAGUUCCUUGAUGAGCAUGAGAUCCGGAAGAUUCCUGGAAUCGGUUCUCGGAUUGCCCAGAAACUGAAAUCCCAUAUCACAGGGCAAGAGAGCGUCGACGAGAAGAUCACAGUCAAAGAUGUUCGACAGUUCCCUGGCAUGGGCCCACCUUUACUGGACAGGAUCCUUGGCGGGCCAGGCUCAGUGAAAGGGAUCGGGAUGCGCAUGUGGAGCAUUCUCCAUGGAGUAGAUAAUUCCGAGGUGCUCGAGGGUCGCGAUGUGCCCACCCAGAUCAGCAUCGAGGAUUCUUAUGGCCGGUUAGAUACCCUCGAGGGUGUACGACGAGAGCUCGUAGUGUUGUCGCGAAGUCUCAUCCGCCGCGUAAGAACCGAUCUGCUUGAUACGAGUGAUGAAAGUGCACCCCAAGGGAGAUGGCGUGCUCAUCCUCGCACAGUGCGAUUAUCGACCCGACCAAGACCUCCGCCAGAUUCGGGUGGGCGUUCAUACAAUUCCAAUCGCAUCUCUCGCUCGGCACCUCUACCACCCUUUGUUUUCAACUUGGAUGAGAAUAUCGAUGCAUUGGCCGAGCGGCUGGUCCGGGAAAGCCUUUUUUCUAUGUUUCGCAAACUACAUCCCGAAAAGACGGGGUGGAACCUCAGUUUAUUGAACGUUGCGGUUACCAAUAUGGUGGAGAGCGCAGGAGAUCAGAAGCAGAAUAGUGGACGUGAUAUUGGGAAGAUGUUUCGCCAACAGGAGACAGUACUUAAGGAUUGGACUGUGCGGGAACCUGAGUCCUCUGAUAUGCCGUUGCCCGGUUCCCCUGAGAUACAGUCACAGUCGGACGAUGGCUGGGACGAUGAUGAACCCUUGGGGAAUGUGGACUGCCCUAUAUCACGAUCACAGGCCUCAGAGGCCAUUCGACGGGUGACGCCCGUCGAUAAUGCCAUCAUCCGUACUCCUUCACAUCAGAUAGACCACCUGUCCGAAUUUGAUAUCACCUUCUCCUUACACCAAGACGGCAAGCGCAUAAAGCUAGAACUCAAGCCCAAUCAUGAUAUCUUGGCCGACAACGCUUACGUGCAAUAUGUCGGCGUCGACGGCACAAUAAAACAUGCGGAACCGAUCAAGCGAGACGAGCACAAAGUGUUCCAAGGCCGUGCCUUGGUAGGAUCCGGAACGGGGAGAUGGACGCCCGUGGGCUGGGCAAGAAUCACCAUCAAAAGGGAUGGCCUGGAGCCUCUCUUUGAAGGUGCUUUCAGUGUCGACAAUAACAAGCAUCACAUUGAGUUGCAGUCCACCUACCUCGACAAGAAGCGCCCGAUCGAUGCCCAUGUGGAACCCAGAGAUGGGGAAUCUAUGGUCGUCUACCGUGACUCCGACAUGUUUGGCUAUACGCACUCUGAGCUCAAGCGAUCGCUUCCCGUAUCUGAGGGCUGUGGGGCAGAUCAACUUGGGUACAAUGCUGAUCUGUCUAACUCGAUCUUCGGGUAUGACAUGGACGAAACAGAUGAUAUUGGCGGUGUCUCGGGCAACACUGGUGGUGUGAAUCUGAGAACGACCAUCGGUGAUAACAGUGGAUGUCCUAAAACGAAGAAAGUCGCCUUGAUCGGAAUUGCAACGGAUUCGGCCAAGGACUGGCUUAUCAACAUGGUCAACACGGCUUCAAGUCUCUAUGAGGAAUCUUUCAAUAUCUCCAUUGGUUUGCGCAAUCUUACAGUCUCCGCGACAGGCUGCCCUACCACGGGUUCCUCCGCUACGCCAUGGAACGUGGAUUGCAACGGUGGAAAUGUCACCUGGCGCCUGAACGAAUUCUCCAAGUGGCGCGCAUCUCAUUCAGAUGACAAUGCCUACUGGACUCUAAUGACAAACUGCCCAACAGGGAGCGAGGUUGGAGUUUCAUGGAUGGGUCGUCUAUGCUCUUCCGACCUAGUGAGCUCUGGAGAGAACUCUGUGACCGGUGCCAACGUCGUAGUGCGCAAUGCCGGUUCCUCCUGGCAAGUGUUUGCCCACGAGACUGGUCACACCUUCGGAGCAGUGCACGAUUGUGAGGAUCAAGCAUGCACAGAGAAAUUAGAUGCCUCGUCCCAAUGCUGCCCGCUGAGUUCGUCGACCUGCAAUGCCGGUGCGAAAUACAUCAUGAACCCCUAUGCUAAGAACACCAUGACCGAGUUUUCGGAGUGUACAAUCGGUAACAUCUGCUCUGCCAUUGGCAAGAACAGCAUCAAGUCCACUUGUCUGUCCGAUAACCGCGGCGUCGUCACCAUCAGCGGCAGCCAAUGCGGCAACGGUAUCGUUGAAGGCGACGAGGAGUGUGACUGCGGCGACGAAAAAAGCUGCAGCGACAACUCCUGCUGUGACGCAAAGACCUGCAAAUUCAAAGGCAGUGCCGUCUGCGACGACGCCAAUGACAGCUGCUGUGACAAAUGCCAGUUCGCCGCUGCCGACACCGUCUGCCGCGCCAGCACCGGAGAAUGCGACAUCGCCGAGACCUGCAGCGGCACCUCGAGCUCCUGUCCCGACAACAAAUACAAAGACGACGGUUCCAGCUGCGGCGCCAAGGGCCAGGGUCUCAGCUGCGCCAGCGGCCAAUGCACCAGCCGUGACUACCAGUGCCGCACGGUGAUAGGCUCGAUGCUGAACACCAACGACACCUGGGCCUGCGAUAACACUGAUAAGCCAUCUUGCAGUCUCGUGUGCGGCGCUCCCUCACUCCAACACUCGAUGGGUGUUAAAGAGUGCAUCUGGAUGAACCAGAACUACCUCGACGGUACACCCUGCGACGCUGGCGGCCGCUGCAGCGCAGGCCAGUGCAAGGGCUCCUCGGCCCUGGGCUGGAUCCACCAGCACGAGAAGCUGGUUAUCGGCAUCUGUGUCGGUGUCGGCUCGUUCAUCCUGCUCGCUAUCUUCUUCUGUAUCUAUAGUCGCUGCAAGCGCAGUGCACAGCUGCGUAAGGCGCGCAAGGCUAUCCCCCCUGGUACAUAUCGUCGCUAUAAUGGACCCCAGCCUACUGCUCGCCAGCCUAUGGACCAGUGGCAUGGAUACUGGAAUGGCGGAUAUACGAAUGUGCCUCCCCCUCCUGGUCCCCCGCCACGAUACUCAUGA